AUGCCCCCACGGCCACGCCGGCGUGGGGGCGCGCCGCGUUGCGCGCCCCACAGCCCCACGACGUCAUCACCCACCACAGCCAUCACGGCGCGCACAUCACCACCACCACUACCAUCAGCUCAUGCCACGCGAUUGCCAGGGACGGACACCCCAGAUGCCGCACCUGCCACCACGAGCAGCAGCACGAGCAGCAGCAGCAGCACGAGCAAGCUGCACCUACAGCGGGAGCUGGGACUCAUGAGCGGCGCGUCUCUCAUCGCCGGAACGAUGAUCGGAUCGGGCAUUUUCAUGUCCCCCGGCUGGGUGCUGCGCUACGCCGGCAGCGCGGGCGCCAGCCUGCUGGUGUGGCUGGCCUGCGGAGUGCUGGCCACGCUGGGCGCGCUGUGCUACGCCGAGCUGGGCACUCUGAUGCGGGAGUCGGGCGGCGACUACAUCUACGCUCUGCGCACCUACGGCCCCGUGCCCGCCUUUCUCUUCGCCUGGAGCUCCGUGCUUGUGGUGCGCCCCGCCAGCAUCGCCGCGGGGGCCCUCAGCUUCGCGCGCUACGCGGCCGCCCCCUUCUACCCCGAGUGCGGCGCCGCGGGGCCGCCGCCGCUCGUCACGCGCUCGCUGGCCGCCGCGUGCGUCGUGGCGCUUGCGCUCGUCAACUGCGCGAGCGUGCGCCUGGCCGCGGGCCUCCAGAACGCGUGUACCGCGGUGAAGGUGGCCGCGCUGAGCGCCGUGGCGCUGGGCGGCGUGGUGCUGCUGGCGCGCGGCGCAGCCGUGCACGGCCUCACGGACGCGUUCGUCGCCGUGUCGACGUCGGCGGCGUCGAGCGACGUCUCCGGGGCCACCGACGCCGACGCAGGUGCGGCCGCGGCUGCCGCCGGUGCGGCCGCGGGGCAACCCGCGGCGUCGACCUCGUCUAUCGGACUCGCCUUCUACCAGGGACUGUGGUCCUACGACGGCUGGAACAACCUGAACUUCGUGACAGAGGAGCUGGGGAGACCCGAGGUGACCCUGCCCCGUGCCAUCCUCAUCGCCCUGCCCAUGGUCACGCUGCUCUACCUGUUCGUGAACAUGAGCUACCUGGCGGCGAUGACCCCCGCAGAGAUUCUCUCCUCCAGCGCCGUCGCCUGGACGUGGGGCGCUCGAGUGAUGGGGGCCGCUUCGUGGCUGAUGCCUGUGGCGGUGGCGCUCUCCACUCUGGGCUCGGCGAACGGGAUGUUCUUCUGCGGGGGUCGCGUGUGUUGCGUGGCGGCCAGAGAAGGGCACACGCUCUCCAUCCUGUCGAUGGCUCACGUGCACCGGCUCACCCCGGCGCCGGCCCUGAUGUUCACCGCGCUGCUCUCGCUGCUCAUGGUCGCCUGGGGAGACUUCGGCACCAUCGUCAACUACUUCAGCUUCACGUCCUGGUUUUUCUACGGCAUCACCGUCUCCUCGCUGCUCUACCUCCGCUACGUGAGACCCGACAGCCCCCGGCCGUACAAGGUUCCCCUCGCGGCGCCGGUGCUCGUGGUGAUCACGGCCGCGUGCCUCGUGCUGGCGCCCAUCCUGGAGGAGCCGCACAUCGAGUACCUCUACGUGGUGGCCUUCAUCCUCAGCGGCCUCCUCUUCUACGUGCCCUUCGUGCACCUGGGCGUGCGCUACGCGGGCAUGUCCCGCAUCACCACCCACCUCCAGCUGCUGCUGCAGGUGGCGCCCUUGGAGGUCAACAGGGACUGACGCCGCGUUUCCACGGCUGUCGGGAAGCGGACCUGAGCCGCGCCGAGACGGCCCGGGGUCGGCAGCGGACUCCGUUGUGUUGUUCUCUGCCUCUCUCGUGCUCUCUGC